GGCUGCAAAAUGGAGAAAAUGUACCUGGAUUUCAAUUCAUUUCUUGUCGCGUUUCCCUUAGUCGUUUACCGCACUGUUCAAUGGAGGAUGAAAGCAUCAAAGAGGGCUUUAUAUGCCCUAUGUGUAUGAAAGAAUUCAAUGUACCAGCUCAUCUUACAAAGCAUUUUGAAGACGCUCAUUCUGAAGACAAGGAUGCUCUACGACAAAUCCGCGGAAUGUUUGAUAAAGCAAAGCGCAAAAUUCUCAAGAAACCAGAAACAGAAGAGUAUAGUAAUACARCUGGUUUGAACUAUGAUGAAAGCGAUGGAGGACCUGGAAUAGCUCGRGGGCUUGACCCUUUCUUGUGGGAUUAUUUAGAAUUUGGAGCACACAGAAGUCACUUUCGACAGUUCAAGGAAAGAAGGGAUGCUGAGAUUGACAGAUGUGUUGUUGAAACUAAYAAAAUCUUAAUCAGACUUGAAAAGUUACUAAGAUCUGGAGUCCAUGUACCAGAGUCUCCAUUGCGUGGUGUUGUAAACAGAAAAUCCAAAGAAAAGAGUUUAGUUCCUUGGAUAGCAGAUAGCGAGGUCAAAUUUUGUCCAAUUUGCAAGAAGCAAUUUAACUUAGCAAGAAGAAGGCACCACUGUCGUCUGUGUGGAGGAAUAAUGUGUGCCAAAUGCUCUGAUUACAUCACAGUAUCUUUUGCAGUAACAAUUCUAAAAUUAGACAAGGCAAAUGACAUUCCACAAGGUAAACGAAGGUCACGUGACGAUUCAGACGAAGCUGGCAUCAGGUCUUGUCAAACGUGUGCUGAUCUACUCUACAGGCAUGAAAGACAAGAGAAAGAAAAACAAAGCAAACCRGCCAUUGUUCAGCUGUAUCACAAGAUGAAAGAAUGCAUGGCUGAAGCCGAGAAGCUGGCUCCUAUGUACAUCAAAAUGGCCGAGUCUCUAAAUCUUGGUGAUAUACAGUAUGAUUUAACUGAAGCAUCGGCGAUAAGAACCAAGCUGAUUAAAAGAUACGAGACGGUCGAUUUAAUAAGCAAGAAGAUUGGAGCACUGGGUAAGGACGACGAAAAUCCACCGAGUUCUCAGUUCUUGAAGCUACAAAGAGGCAUGCGUGUCUUYGCUGUGGGCUACUUACAGGAAAAUAUGUUCACACUACCAAAUCUACCAGAUAGAGACAAAGUUUUGAAGUUACAAAAAGAAAGAGCCGAAUAUCUAGCUGCUAAAGCUGCUGAAGAAAAAGCUGAACGGGAAAGAGCAAUGAAAAAGAGACUAGAAUCAUCAAAAUUACAAACUUUGUCWCCAGAAACCCGGCAUGCAUCUGUUGACACUCAAAACAGUCAGCUGAUUGGCUCWGAUUCAGCUGUCGCUGGAGGCUGGGGACCAGUAGCGGUUAAUCAAUCUGACUCGUCCACAGACCCCAUGAUCGAGCAGAUACAGAUUAUUAAAAAUUAUAUAAAACAAGCAAAACAAGAGAAUCGAAUGGAAGAGGUACAAACACUAGAAAGGAAUUUGUUAGAGCUACAAAGCGAAUAUAUGAAAAGUCAACGCAGGUAUUAGGUUCGUAGGACGUCCAAUUUCACAUGUAACCGGCGAUGAAAUUUGCUCUCAUUAGCAUUGAAUUAUUCUACACAUGUGAGAUUUAGCGUACGAACGAGUCUUUGUUACUGUGGCUGGUCCAGGUAAGAUAGUUCCAUGUAUAUUUUGUAGUUACUUUUACUGAAACAAUCAGUUAUAAUCCUAAAAAAACGGAUUAUCUAAGUUCAGUGUAAACUACGAGAUAUUUCAUUUCAAAUAUCAAUACUCUUUCUAAAGUCUUAAACUUUACUCCAUUUUUUUUAGAUAUAAUGUUGUUGUUUUUUUUAUGGGAAUCAAAACAAAUAUAGGGUUACAAUGUUARAAAUUACAAAUAGUAAAAUAAAUAAAUGAUUUCGUACGAAUGGAA